UCUAUUUCAUGCAUCUCUAAAUCUCCGACUUUAGAAUUGGACUUCUCGCCUCUAUAAAUAAUACUCCCUUAUAUAACACGAUCGAAUGCGAUAAACCCAACCUUCUUUUGCUCUUCCAGUACGUCUCAUUUCAGCUCCAAAUUAACUCUUCCUAAUUUCAUAUCUUCACAGAACCCGUUUCUGGAAUCUGCUUCAUCAAGACACUAUUCUCUCCAAAUACAUAUAUAUAUAUGGGGACAGAGAGUACUAAGGUUGUUCUAACAAAGCCUUUAUCAAUAGAAUCUGUUGAUUCUCAUGAUGAAUACAAGGCUCCCAAUAUGCUUCAACGAGCUCUUAGUCUAUUAAAAAAUGUACGGCCAGGAUCCGAUUUAACCCGAUUGCAGUUGCCACCCAUGUUCAACAUUCCAAAAUCUCAUUUACAGUGUUAUGGUGAGUCUGUGUAUUGUGUUAGUGAUGAUUUGUUGGGCAAGUGCAACAUUGGAGGGAGCCCAAUAGAGAGAUUCAAAGCAGUUCUUGCAUGGAACAUCUCUACUCUGCGUCCUUUACUCUUUGGAGUUGCACCUUAUAACCCUAUUCUUGGAGAGACCCAUCACGUAUCUAGGGGAACUCUUAAUGUUCUUCUUGAGCAGAUUUCACAUCAUCCACCUGUAACUGCACUCCAUGCAAUGGAUGGGAAAGAAAAUGUUGAGCUCCUGUGGUGUCAACAUCCAGUUCCCAGAUUCUAUGGUACUUUUAUAGAAGCUGAGAUGCGAGGAAAAAGAGAGUUGAAGCUUCUAAAUCAUGGAGAAACUUAUGUAAUGAAUUCUCCAAGUCUUUUAUUCAAGUUCUUCCCACCUGGAGUAGAGUGGGGAGGUAGUGACCGAAUCAGAUGUCAUGAAACAGGUCUUGAAGCUGAGUUGACUUUUGGAGGAAGAUCUUUUUUAGGACUAAGAGGAACUCCUAGAUCAAUAAAGGGAAAGAUCUUCGAUUCCUCUUCCAAGAAGCCACUUUUUGAGAUCAAUGGCCAAUGGGAUAAAAGUGUCACACUCAAGGAUCUUAAAAGUGGCGAAGUCCAGGUUUUAUACAGUGCCAAAGAGGCCACUUUAGGACUUAAAACUCCCAUUGUUAAAGAUCCAAAGGGAGUGUGGCAAAGUGAAUCAGCUGUAGUAUGGAGUGAGGUGAGCCAAGGAAUCAUGAGCAAAGACUGGGUAAAAGCUAGAGAAGCAAAGAAAGCUAUUGAGGAAAAUCAGAGGGUGCUUUUGAGAGAAAGAAAAUCCAAGUCUGAAACAUGGGUUCCUAAACACUUUAUUGUGUCUUAUAGCAAGGAAAAUGGAUGGGAUUGCUCACCUUUAAGAAAGACCAUCCCACCAGCUCCUAUUGUUGUACCAUUGAACAGUUAAAUAUAUAUAAUGACAAAAUAAUUUAUUUUGUAUUUUUACCUAGAUCUACAUGUAUGGAAAAACGUAGGCACCUAUGCCAUAUAUGACUCGAAUCCAAUGCCAUAUUUAGUGAGAUUAAAUCA